GCCGGCCAUUGCCCAUUGCGUUGCCGUUUCUUGUGAAAAAGAGCCGACUUGGUGUAAAGUGAUCAAUCAAACGACAAAUUGAUUUUACACAGCAUGGCGUCACGCAGGAAUUAAUCAACUAAUAUCGUAAGAAGUUCUGGGAAACACCUGCAAUCAUGUCUAUCCCGCCGUAUUUGCUGCCCCCGGGUCCAUGGGCCACGAUGAUGGCCGCCCAGCAGCAGGCGCAGAUAGCGGCCCAGGUGCACGCUCAGGCUGCGGCCCAUGCGCAAGCUGCCCAUCAUGCUCAUAUGCAGGCUCAUAUAGCUGGACCGCCAUUGCCUCAGAUGCCUAAGCAGCCAGAAGUCCUGUCCGAAGACAAGCUUCAGGAGAAAGCACAAAAAUGGCAACAGUUACAAUCGAAGCGGUUUGCGGAGAAGAGGAAGUUUGGAUUCGUAGACGCUCAGAAGGAAGAUAUGCCAGCUGAGCAUAUAAGGAAGAUCAUCAGGGAUCAUGGCGAUAUGAGCAGUAGAAAAUACCGACAUGACAAGCGCGUUUACUUGGGGGCAUUGAAGUAUAUGCCACAUGCCGUUAUGAAGUUGUUGGAGAAUAUGCCUAUGCCGUGGGAACAAAUAAGGGACGUAAAGGUCUUGUAUCAUAUUACUGGAGCCAUUACGUUCGUCAAUGAGAUUCCUUGGGUUAUAGAACCUGUGUACAUAGCUCAAUGGGGCACCAUGUGGAUCAUGAUGAGACGAGAGAAAAGAGAUCGUAGACAUUUCAAAAGAAUGAGAUUCCCACCCUUUGAUGACGAAGAGCCUCCUCUAGAUUACGCGGACAACGUUCUGGAUGUGGAACCGUUGGAAGCUAUACAAAUCGAACUCGAUUCGGAGGAAGACGAGUCCGUGGCGUCAUGGUUUUACGAACACAAGCCCUUAGUCGGGACAAAACAUGUUAAUGGAUCCACAUACCGAAGAUGGAACUUGACGCUACCCCAAAUGGCCACUCUGUACCGCUUGGCUAACCAAUUGUUGACCGACUUGGUAGAUCAAAAUUUCUUUUACCUGUUUGACCCGAAGUCAUUCUUCACCGCAAAAGCCCUGAAUAUGGCUAUCCCUGGAGGACCGAAAUUCGAACCAUUGGUAAAGGAUUCGAAUGCUGCUGAUGAAGAUUGGAACGAGUUUAAUGACAUAAAUAAAAUCAUUAUCAGACAACCUAUCAGGACAGAAUAUAGGAUUGCGUUUCCCUACUUGUACAACAACAUGCCUCAUUUUGUGCAUCUUUCGUGGUAUCAUGCACCAAAUGUCGUGUACAUAAAAACUGAAGAUCCAGACUUGCCUGCAUUCUAUUUCGAUCCAUUAAUCAAUCCGAUCUCUCAUAGGAAUUCACUGAAAACGGUAGAACCGCAAAUCGAGGACGAUGAAGACUUUGUUUUACCUGGCGAGGUGCAACCGUUCCUUCAGGAGACACCUCUUUACACCGAUAACACGGCAAAUGGAAUAGCGCUUCUAUGGGCCCCAAGACCAUUUAACACACGUUCCGGUAGAACGAGAAGAGCCAUCGACAUCCCAUUAGUCAAGUCGUGGUACAGGGAGCAUUGUCCGCCUGGGCAACCCGUCAAAGUGCGAGUCAGUUACCAGAAAUUGCUGAAAUACUUUGUGCUGAACGCUCUGAAGCACAGGCCACCGAAACCGCAGAAGAAACGCUAUUUAUUCCGUUCGUUCAAGUCGACCAAGUUUUUCCAAACAACGACGAUAGACUGGGUGGAAGCCGGUCUGCAGGUGUGUCGUCAAGGAUAUAACAUGUUGAAUCUGCUGAUACACCGGAAGAACCUUAACUAUCUCCACUUGGAUUACAAUUUCAACUUGAAACCUGUCAAGACGCUUACAACAAAAGAGAGAAAGAAAUCGCGCUUUGGUAACGCUUUCCAUCUGUGUCGUGAGAUUCUUCGUUUGACCAAGCUCAUUAUCGAUUCUCACGUUCAAUAUCGACUGAACAACGUAGACGCUUUUCAGCUCGCUGACGGGUUGCAAUAUAUCUUCGCACACGUCGGUCAGUUGACCGGCAUGUAUCGGUACAAGUACAAAUUGAUGCGGCAGAUCAGGAUGUGCAAGGACUUGAAACAUCUGAUUUAUUAUCGUUUCAAUACCGGCCCAGUCGGCAAAGGUCCCGGCUGCGGGUUCUGGGCACCUGGCUGGCGCGUCUGGUUGUUCUUCAUGAGAGGCAUCACUCCGCUGUUGGAAAGAUGGCUCGGUAAUCUAUUAUCAAGACAAUUUGAAGGUCGUCACUCGAAGGGUGUGGCAAAAACGGUGACGAAGCAGCGAGUUGAGUCGCACUUCGAUCUCGAAUUACGAGCAUCCGUCAUGCAUGACAUAGUGGACAUGAUGCCUGAGGGAAUAAAACAAAACAAGGCGCGAACUAUCCUUCAACAUCUGAGCGAGGCCUGGCGUUGCUGGAAGGCGAAUAUUCCAUGGAAGGUGCCAGGCUUGCCAAUUCCGAUCGAGAACAUGAUAUUGCGUUACGUCAAGAUGAAAGCCGACUGGUGGACGAACACGGCUCAUUACAAUCGAGAGAGAAUUCGGCGCGGCGCCACGGUGGAUAAAACUGUAUGCAAGAAGAAUCUUGGCCGUUUGACGCGUCUUUACUUGAAAGCUGAGCAAGAACGACAACACAAUUACUUGAAGGACGGUCCAUACAUAUCGCCGGAGGAAGCUGUGGCCAUAUUCACUACUUCGGUGCAUUGGCUGGAGUCCCGAAGAUUCGCGCCGAUACCCUUCCCACCGCUAUCCUACAAGCACGAUACGAAGCUGCUGAUAUUGGCUCUGGAACGCUUGAAGGAAGCCUAUAGCGUUAAAUCCAGAUUAAAUCAAAGUCAACGAGAAGAGCUGGGCUUGAUAGAACAAGCGUAUGACAACCCACACGAGGCACUAUCCAGGAUCAAGAGACAUUUGCUCACGCAGAGGGCCUUCAAGGAAGUUGGCAUCGAAUUCAUGGAUCUUUACAGUCAUUUGAUUCCUGUGUACGAUGUGGAGCCGCUCGAAAAGAUCACGGAUGCUUACCUCGAUCAAUAUCUGUGGUACGAGGCGGACAAGAGGCGACUGUUCCCACCGUGGGUGAAACCAGCCGACACGGAACCGCCACCGCUUCUCGUUUACAAGUGGUGCCAAGGUAUCAACAAUCUCCAGGAUGUGUGGGACGUCGGUGAGGGUGAAUGCAACGUGUUGCUCGAAUCGAAAUUUGAGAAGCUGUACGAGAAGAUCGAUCUUACGCUGCUCAACAGAUUGUUACGCCUGAUAGUCGAUCAUAAUAUCGCCGAUUAUAUGACUGCGAAGAACAACGUGGUCAUCAAUUACAAAGACAUGAAUCACACCAACAGUUAUGGCAUUAUCAGGGGACUGCAAUUCGCAUCUUUCAUCGCCCAAUACUACGGACUGGUACUAGAUCUACUGGUGCUGGGUCUCCAACGAGCCAGCGAGAUGGCUGGUCCGCCGCAAAUGCCAAACGAUUUCUUGACGUUCCAGGACGUCGCUUCCGAAACGGCGCAUCCUAUUCGAUUGUACUGCCGCUACGUCGACAGAAUACAUCUAUUCCUGCGCUUCUCUGCCGACGAAGCGAGAGAUCUUAUCCAGCGUUAUCUCACUGAGCAUCCUGAUCCGAACAACGAGAACAUCGUCGGCUACAACAAUAAGAAGUGUUGGCCGCGAGACGCCCGUAUGAGGCUGAUGAAGCACGACGUGAACCUGGGUCGCGCCGUUUUCUGGGACAUCAAGAAUCGACUACCACGCUCCACCACCACUAUUCAGUGGGAAAACAGUUUUGUCAGCGUCUACAGCAAGGACAAUCCCAAUUUGUUGUUCAAUAUGAGCGGCUUUGAAUGCAGAAUUCUGCCCAAGUGCAGAACAACACACGAGGAGUUUACGCAUCGGGACGGCGUCUGGAAUCUCCAGAACGAAAUCACAAAGGAAAGAACGGCGCAGUGCUUCUUGCGUGUCGACGACGAGAGCUUGCAGCGUUUCCACAAUCGCGUCAGACAGAUCUUGAUGGCUUCGGGCUCGACCACUUUCACGAAAAUCGUGAACAAGUGGAAUACGGCGCUAAUCGGUUUAAUGACUUAUUUCAGAGAGGCGGUGGUGAACACGCAAGAGUUGCUGGAUCUGCUAGUCAAGUGCGAAAAUAAAAUCCAGACACGUAUCAAAAUCGGGCUGAAUUCGAAAAUGCCGUCGCGUUUUCCACCUGUCGUCUUUUAUACGCCCAAGGAAUUGGGCGGUCUAGGAAUGCUGUCGAUGGGCCACGUAUUAAUACCACAGUCAGACUUGAGAUGGUCGAAGCAAACUGACGUGGGCAUCACUCACUUCCGUUCGGGCAUGAGUCACGACGAGGAUCAACUGAUUCCAAACUUGUACCGUUACAUACAACCGUGGGAAUCGGAGUUUAUCGAUUCUCAACGCGUCUGGGCGGAGUACGCCCUAAAGCGGCAAGAGGCCAACGCGCAAAAUCGCAGGCUUACCUUGGAAGAUCUCGAGGACAGCUGGGAUCGCGGUAUUCCCAGAAUAAAUACGCUCUUCCAGAAGGAUCGGCACACGCUGGCCUACGACAAGGGUUGGCGUAUUCGUACAGAGUUCAAACAAUAUCAGGUGUUGAAGCAAAAUCCGUUCUGGUGGACUCAUCAGCGUCACGACGGCAAACUGUGGAAUCUGAACAACUAUCGAACUGACAUGAUUCAAGCGCUUGGCGGCGUCGAAGGCAUCCUGGAGCACACUUUGUUCAAGGGCACCUACUUCCCGACGUGGGAAGGUCUGUUCUGGGAAAAGGCGUCCGGUUUCGAAGAGUCAAUGAAAUACAAGAAGCUGACGAACGCUCAACGUUCCGGUCUCAACCAGAUUCCCAAUCGUCGAUUCACCCUGUGGUGGUCACCGACUAUUAACCGCGCUAACGUUUACGUCGGUUUCCAGGUGCAGCUCGAUCUGACGGGGAUAUUCAUGCACGGAAAAAUACCGACCCUAAAAAUUUCGUUAAUCCAGAUAUUCCGCGCUCACUUGUGGCAAAAGGUGCACGAGUCCAUUGUGAUGGAUCUCUGCCAGGUGUUCGAUCAAGAGCUGGACGCGCUGGAAAUCGAGACCGUGCAGAAGGAAACGAUACAUCCGCGAAAGUCUUACAAGAUGAACUCCUCGUGCGCCGACAUUCUACUCUUCUCCGCCUACAAAUGGAACGUGUCUCGGCCGUCCCUUCUCGCCGAUUCCAAAGACGUGAUGGAUAACACGACCACGCAAAAGUAUUGGAUCGACGUUCAGCUGAGAUGGGGCGACUACGAUUCACACGACAUCGAGCGAUACGCUCGUGCGAAAUUCCUCGACUACACCACGGACAACAUGUCCAUCUAUCCAUCACCCACCGGCCUCCUCAUAGCCAUCGAUCUGGCAUACAACUUGCACAGCGCCUACGGCAACUGGUUCCCUGGCUGCAAGCCGCUCAUCCAGCAAGCGAUGGCAAAGAUAAUGAAGGCAAAUCCAGCCUUGUAUGUGUUACGCGAACGCAUCCGCAAGGCGUUGCAGUUGUACUCGUCUGAACCGACGGAGCCUUACCUCUCCUCGCAAAACUAUGGCGAGCUCUUCUCCAAUCAGAUCAUAUGGUUCGUCGACGACACGAACGUGUAUCGCGUGACGAUCCACAAAACCUUUGAGGGCAAUUUAACGACGAAGCCGAUAAACGGCGCGAUCUUCAUCUUCAAUCCGCGCACGGGACAACUCUUUCUGAAGAUCAUUCACACCUCUGUAUGGGCGGGCCAAAAGCGUCUGGGUCAGUUGGCCAAAUGGAAGACCGCCGAAGAAGUCGCUGCGCUGAUUCGCUCUCUGCCAGUGGAGGAACAGCCGAAACAGAUUAUCGUCACCAGAAAGGGAAUGUUAGAUCCGCUGGAAGUGCACUUGCUGGACUUCCCCAAUAUAGUCAUCAAGGGAUCCGAGUUGCAGUUACCGUUCCAGGCGUGUCUCAAAGUGGAGAAGUUUGGAGAUCUGAUUUUAAAGGCGACCGAGCCGCAGAUGGUGCUGUUCAAUCUUUAUGACGACUGGUUGAAGACCAUUUCGUCAUACACCGCGUUCUCGCGACUGAUACUGAUUCUGCGCGCUCUACACGUCAACACCGAGAGGACCAAGGUCGUUCUCAAGCCUGACAAGACCACCAUCACCGAGCCGCAUCAUAUAUGGCCGUCAUUGACGGACGACGAAUGGAUCAAAGUGGAAGUGCAGCUGAAGGAUCUAAUCCUGGCGGACUACGGCAAGAAGAACAACGUCAAUGUCGCGUCGCUCACGCAAUCUGAGAUCCGCGACAUCAUUCUGGGCAUGGAGAUAAGCGCGCCGUCCGCGCAACGGCAACAGAUCGCCGAGAUCGAGAAGCAGACUAAAGAACAGAGUCAGCUGACCGCUACCACCACGCGAACGGUGAACAAGCACGGUGACGAGAUCAUCACCGCGACUACAUCCAACUACGAGACGCAGACCUUCAGCUCGAAGACCGAAUGGCGAGUACGUGCUAUCUCCGCGACCAAUCUCCAUCUCAGAACGAAUCACAUCUACGUUUCGUCCGACGACAUCAAGGAGACCGGCUACACUUACAUCUUGCCUAAGAACGUACUGAAGAAAUUUGUCACCAUUUCCGAUCUGCGAGCCCAGAUAGCUGGUUAUUUGUACGGCAUCAGUCCACCUGACAACCCUCAGGUGAAAGAAAUCAGAUGUAUUGUAAUGGCGCCGCAAUGGGGAACUCAUCAG